GUGUCUGACUGGCAAUGUUUUGAAAAUGUACUUGUCAGAAGUUCUUCUACAUAAGUUUUUAUGUGAAGUUGUUAAAUAGUUCUAAAAGUUUUACCAUAAGUGGGGCUUGUAGUAAAAUUGAUGGACAUAUUAAACGGUGGCUUAUAAGAUUUGUCGUGCUCUGAUUAUAAUUUUCUAUCGCGUGUCUUCGAAAAACUUAUUGCCCUUGAGUUUUAUAACUAUCGCGUUAACACGUUAAAACUCAUCUCAAUUGCUAAGUGAAUUAGAAUAAUUAGUUUAGUUUCAUGAUUUUGUCAGAUUAUGGCAAAUAAACAAGAACUUAAAUUGAUUCAAACCCACGAUAAAAACAGACGUUGAUGAAAUAGUUUUAUAUUUGAAAUUAAGAUUCACUUUAAAUAUGCGACUAUUUUGUCAUCAAGUUCAAAUCUAAAGCAUUUUUCUGUUUAUGUGUAAAUUCGUUAAUAUUUUGAAAUUCUUUGAUUAAUGUUUGAAGUAAAAUUUUAAUUGAAGAUAAUUUUAUGUGAAAACACGUUGUGGGCAUAAAUUGACUUUAAUUAUUCAAGUGAUCAUUUACCGGCUUUAAAAAAAAACUACCUGUAAAAAAAAAUAAAGUAUCAGCAGUUAAUUGUGUUUUCUAGAAUGGGUUGUACUGUACCAUUCCUGAAGAGUUUAUCUGCCUUAGAAUUUCCUGUAAUGUCUCUAUGAUCCAACAGCCAGUAAAGUUUUUUUUCAGCUUAAAACAGAACAAAAAUAUAACACUUUUGAUUCCAACAUUUUAAAAAGACUUGUGGAAAUAAUAAGAAGAAUAAGUACCCAGUAAUAUGCCUCAUAUUGCGUAAUUCUGUCGCAGUCAAACUUUUUUCACGUGAUGAAAACCAUUUUCAAGCAAAUAUUGUUGUUUUUAGUCAUCUCAACUUCAACAGUUUUAACCUUACCAACGGAUGAAAGAAUCAGGAAGCAUGGCUAUCCUGUUGAGAAGCACGUUCUUCAAACAAGAGAUGGCUACGUUUUGACAUUGUUUCGAAUACCUCAUCCUCAAGACGCUGCUGAUCAGAAUACAACGCGACCUAUUGCCUUCCUACAGCAUGGUCUCCUAAGUUCUUCUGAUUGCUGGAUAUUGAAUGGUCCUGGUUUGGCGAUAGCGUAUAUGCUUGUCGAAGAUGGAUACGACGUUUGGCUUGGCAAUACCCGAGGAAAUACCUAUUCCAAGCGUCACGUUAACUAUUCGCCAUUUUUUCAACGAUUCUGGCUCUAUGAUUGGCAUGAGAUUGCCAUGUAUGACGUCCCCGCGAUGAUCGACUACGUUCUAUACACAACAGGCCAGAAGUCACUGCACUAUGUGGGGCACUCUCAAGGGACGACAGUUCUCUUUGUUAUGACUUCAAUGAUACCCAGUUUUAACAAAAAGAUUAAAUCAGCUCAACUUUUAGCGCCCGUUGCUUGGAUGAACAACAUUAGAGGACCGUUUGUAGAUCUUAUAACUCCUUUUCUAGGACUUCCCAAUGGUUUUGUGGAACUUUUCGGGAGCAUGGAGUUCCUGCCGAACAAUAUGAUCCUGAGAGCUCUUGGAGACCAAAUGUGUAAAGAGGAUUCUAUUAUUCAGGAAUUUUGUUCGAAUGUUAUUUUCUUGAUAUGUGGUUGGGAUAAAAAUAGUUUUAAUAAGUCUCUAAUGGCAGACAUCAUUGAUACCCAUCCAGCGGGCGCUUCAGUUAAUCAAGUUAUGCAUUUCCUGCAGGAACAUUUGUCGGGUAAAUUUCGACAAUUUGAUUAUGGAUUCUUGAGAAAUAUCGUCGUUUAUGGCCGAUUCACUCCGCCUGAAUAUAAUCUGAGUAAAGUGAAGGUGCCCAUUUUUCUUUAUUAUGGCGACAAUGAUUAUCUAUCACAUCCUGUGGAUGUUCACAGAUUAAUGAGCUACUUGCCAAAUCUUAAGAAGGCAUUUCGAGUUCCUGAUAAAGAUUGGAAUCAUUUGGAUUAUUUGUGGGCAAAUAAUGUGAAGGAAAUGAUUUUCGACAAAAUACUUGAGAAUGUAAAUGCAAUGGAAUCACUUGUGAUAAAAGGUUGAUGUUGAAUAAUUUUGCAUAAUGCGUUUUGAAAUUCGUCUACAAUUUGUAGACAGAUAAACAAAAGCUUUUAAUUUAAAAAAAGGAGAACCUUCAAAACAACAACCAAAGAAGUUGGCCACACGAGUCUACGAAUUUAUCUUAUUUUUAUUUUUAUUCUCACCUUUAUUUGUUUAUAAAAAAUAAGUUAAGGGCCAAUAGGUGCCAGUGUUAAUUAUUGUUGCUUGACAAUUCGUGUGUCUGAAAAAAUAUACAAAAUA